UGUAAUUUACUCUACAUAUUCAUAGAGGUAUGCGGAAAUAGAAACACAAGUCAUAAUUUAUAUUGAUGUAAUGUUGUAUACCAACGUUGAACACUAAAGUCGUUUGCCAGCUUCGAACAGCGUGCGAAGCCACCUUUCCAAACCAGGCAUAUGUAGGAAGAACAGGAAGAACUUAAGUGGACACGUUUCUGAUGCAAAUAUGGAUCCAAACGAAGACACAUUCUUUCUACCAGUUGAUAACCCCACAGUUUCUGCAGAAGUAAAGUUUCUUGAUCUUUAUAAUGGCAAAGUAUUUUACAAAAAACAGUAUCGAACGAACAACCGGACUCGGCAAUUGGUUGUAAAUGACGAAAAGAGGUGGAUCAAAAUGGAAGCAAUAACAAUUAAUUGUCAAUUGUACAAGAUUUAUGGAUGGGUUAAACGCGAAGAAACAGCCGCGAUAAAAUUGAAGGAUAAUAAUGGCGAGGUUCCUUUAAGAAAUGAAUACACUGGAGAAAUUUUAAAUCUUAUAAAAGAUUCAGACACCCCAACUCCAAUUAAAAAUGGCUUCGUGCAACCGUUUUCAGUUGAUCUUCAUGAAAUCUACGAAGGAAGAUGUCCUGAUAGUCCACCGGUCUUCAAAUUGUCUAAGUCUGACAAACAACGAAAUCUGAACGUAUUCCAGUUAGUUGUACAACUCGAAUUCAUUGAUGGGUCAAGAAGCCAAAAAUUUACCAGCCCGAAAUUUAACUUGCGAACAUUGACGGAGACAGAAACAAAUCCAAUGCCGCCAGAUUCAGUAUCAGGUCCAUCGCCAGGUAAGAAAACGAAAUAUGAUGUUGAGAUUGAUGGUAGCGUAAACGGCCAAGGUUCUCCUGGGGAAUCGGUGGCCGACAGUGGAAUAUUUGACGACGGUUCCGUUAGACACUAUCGACAAAUUUUGGUCGACACGUUGGAUGCGAAAACAGCAAAUGUUGAUAAAGUGGUAGCUAAAGAUGUUAGGGUCAAUGGAAAUUUUAAUGUCGAAACAGGAAGAGCUGAUCUGGCUUAUCACUUGACAUUAAGAGAUCCUGAUAACUACGAUGACCUUAAAGAAGGCGACAUUGUCGGGUUUUACAAAAGCGAAUCGGGUGAAACAUAUAUUCAACGUCUUCGAAGCGAUAAUGUUCAUAAUGCGUUACAUGCUGGUGUUAUCAGCCGUUCUCAUUGGUUGGCUGGGCAUAAACCAGCUAACCCAGUUAUAAAGACAGACACGGUCUGCGUUAUUGGCAUCGUUAACGUCAAAGUUGUAGGAAGCAUUGAGAAUGGUGAACGAAUUUAUGCAUCCACUGAUAAUCCUGGUAAAGCUAUACCUCAAACUUACAUGCCUGCGGGAUCUUUCCUUCGUAAGAAACAUGUGUUGUUAGGCAUGGCUUUAGAAUCGAAGAAGAGCACCAAGAUGCUUGAUGAUACUCAUUUAGUCAAGUGCUUUGUGUGUAUAGUACUUGAUGUAAGCAGGAGAGAAUUGUUAGAAGAGAUUGAAGAUAUGUAUGGCUGGUACGAAAAAAGUACAGAAGAGCAGAUUAAGAUCGCCAAUAAAAAGACUUGGGGAAGACUAAAAGGAUAUGCUCUCUCCACCGUUCUUGCUCUUGGCCUUAUUAUAUGCCUUAUUUAUCAGUGGUUAGUCCCGGGAUCAAUGUUCCGCUACUGGCUUUGUCGUCGGGGAUCUAUCCCGGAUCAUAUAUUGUAUUACUCUUACGUGGAUGUAAACCAGCUGAGGUCAUAUAAUGUUCAUGGCAUCGAAUUCACUUGGGAGAAACUCCAGGAUAAAGUUGGAUUCAAGUUUAAAAAAAACACUCGCGCUGAAGAACCGAUACGCUAUUAUCUUAACUUGGACCGCUGUGCUUACUAUUGGGCCGAUGGUGCAUCUGGAAACAACAUUGGUGGCCGUAAAUAUGUCGGAGGAUCAAGGAUUUUAUCUGUUGGGAAAAAUUGUAAGAAAGUUUAUGAAUUGUAUGAACAAACACAUCAGUGGAUGGAUGUGAAAAAUCAAAGUUCUGUAAGAUGUACACCGAACAGCAAUGCUGGUUUACUUUUAAAAUAGAAAAUAGAGCCAGGGUCGUACGCAGGAAUUUUUGCCAGCGGUGUAGUACGACUUUUUUGUAGUUAAAGUUAAUAUAGUAAAAUGAAGAUUACAACCAGUGGUGUAGCCAGCCUGACGAUUUUGUCCUGCUAUGUAAAUUUCGAGUUAUUAUAAUUACUCAUGUCUUUAGAAACUUAUUG